UUUUUCUGGACGGAAGACAAGUUAUAGUAGUUUAUGCAGCGUUUAGGAACAAUUGUAUAUUGGUGUAUACGUGUUGUCAUUAAACCACUGGGGUUACUCCAGUUAACAGUCAUUUCCGUUAGCUCGGUGACGACACGUUUGCGUUAUGUUGACACGAGAGGGAGGGUUAGCGCUGAAGUUAACGUUAGCUCAAAUUAAUCAUCAACACCCGCAUCUAUAAGCGCUGCACCCGCAUCUCGCGCGAGGACACUUCAUUACAGCUAGCUAACGGCAGCUGCAGGGCCAGGAGCCGGCGACACGGUCAGUCGGUUGUUUUAAACAUCCCGGAGAUCAUUCAUCUGUCGUGAGACCACUUGCCGUUUCACCACGAUAAGUGUUAGCAGCAUUGUAGUGUGGCUAGCUGGGCUAAGUUACCGUUCAGACGGAUAAAAAGCAAACGCAACGUCGCUUUCUCUUUUCAAAGUCGAUGUUUCCUGUUAAAAUGAAGUAGCUGUGGGACAAAACAGCUGCUAUGAUCCCCCUGCACCUGCCUAGUUGAACGACUGACAGUGAGACACCGGGUCCAACAUCAUGGCCUUCAGAUCCAGAUUCUCCUUCUGUGCGGGCUUCGCAGUGGGAACCUUCUCACUGUACCUGUUUCUCAACAUUUUGUCAGGACUGCAUUCCAGCAGCUAUGACACACCCCAUUACUCUCAGCAACAGCUUGAGGAUGACAAGAAAAUAUGGAAGAAGGAGAGGUCUGCUCUUUUCAACCUGAAGCACCCUCACCAUACAGGUGAGGAUAGCGGCAUGGCUGAUGAACUAUACAAAAAGGUGCGCAUUCUCUGCUGGGUGAUGACUGGACCCAAAAACCUGGAGAAGAAGGCUCGUCACAUCAAGUCCACGUGGAGUCGACACUGCAAUAUUGUCGUCUUCAUGAGCUCUGUGGAGGACCCUGACUUCCCCACGGUGGGCUUAGGUACAAAGGAGGGCCGGGACCAGCUGUACUGGAAAACGAUCCGGGCCUUCCAUUAUGCCUACGAGCAUCACGCCAAUGAGGCGGAUUGGUUCCUCAAGGCCGAUGAUGACACUUACGUAAUCGUAGACAACCUGCGGUUGGUUCUUUCGAACCACACACCUGAUGAGCCAAUUUACUUUGGCCGAAGAUUCAAGCCCUACACCAAGCAGGGCUACAUGAGUGGAGGUGCGGGCUAUGUGUUGAGCAGAGAGGCUCUGCGGCGAUUUGUAGAAGGAUUUAAAAGCAAACAGUGCACUCACACUACCUCUGUCGAGGACCUCGCAAUGGGGCAGUGCAUGGAGAAAGUUGGGGUGCUGGCAGGGGACUCCAGAGACACGGCGCACAGAGAGACAUUUCAUCCAUUUGUCCCUGAGCAGCACCUCACUUCAAAGUUUCCCAAGAGCUUCUGGUAUUGGAGCUACUGCUACUACCCCAUCACCGAGGGUCCAAACUGCUGCUCGGACUUGUCUGUGUCAUUCCACUAUGUAGACGCUUCACACAUGUAUUUAUUGGAGUACUACACGUAUCACCUGCGUGCCUUUGGCUACAGACACCGUUACCAGCCCCCUGCCCCACUUAGCUACAAUAUUGAGCAGUCAAGUUCCCUGGAUGCUGCAGAAGGAAAAAAAGAGCUGACUUCUAGGGAGAAAGGGCAAGGAGAGGGGGAUGAUCCGUCCAGGACUGACGAGAAACAGGAUGCUGAGCCCCCUCCUUCCGCUGGUAAAGACACUACCGAUGCUCCAACAGGCAAAUAACAGAAUAACUUUUUGGGUGUGUUAAGGGAAUUUAUCUUGUGAGGUAGGGGGGAUGUGUGAUUUAAUAAUCUUUGCUCAGAUUACUACAAAAGUAGAGAAACGGUCUACUUCAUUUGAAGUGUCCCCACAUACAAAUGCGUUGCUGAAGGACUGCUACCAAUGUGAAUUGUGAACAAAACACGUCUUAAGGCUAAGAGGUGAUUCAUGACUUUUACCCUAAAUGUUAAGGUUUAGUUGAUGGUUUUUAACGUCUUCUUUAGAAGUUGGUAAUAGCUUUCUGUGAGCUUCACUUUUUUAUUUAUUGUAAACGAACUAAAGCACCUUUUUAAUCCAUAUGAACCCAGUGUGAGAACAAAGUAUUUUCCAGAGCAAGUUAAAUUGGAUUUAGCCAAUGUGUUAUCCUGUUCUUGGCUAUUGCAACCCCCCCCCCCCUCUCCCACUCUCUACAGUGAGAUAGUUCUUGGUUUGCUGGAGUUGUUUGACUUCAUUAAUAACUACAUGCCUUGAAAGCUAAUGAGACUCAAUUUUAUGUCUUGAGCUAAUCAGACAGCAAAUAAUUAAUUCCAUCUAAAUCAAGUGCCUCACCUUGUUCAAUCAUUAAAACACUUCUGUCUAUAGGUGACAGGGAUUUCUUCUCAACAUACUGUUACACUCACAGUGGGUUGCCUCCCAAACUUGUUUCAAGCUGCAUUCAAACUUUUGAAAAUAAUCUGUUAAUGGUUAAAAAAUACUUCAAUAGUUAGUUAGUGUUCUAGCUAAAUGAUUAAUCAUCUAACCGUUUAAGCUACAUAAAUACCAUCAUUGUGAAAGUGCAACCAUAAACAAAUGGAAUAGAAAAAGGCAAAUACAUAACACCCUUCCUAAAACUGUCUUUAAAUAAAUAAAAAAGAGACAGAUAAAGUUAAUUUCAAUAGGAAAGCAGUUUGGAUGCAUUCCUAUUUCUCUAUAACUAAUAGACACUGAUGUGAACGUGAUGCUUUAAAUGAGUUUAUAAAGUACAGCCAAAGAUUUGCAGACUAGUCAAAAGUGUGUGUACUUGAUGUCUUUGGUGAUUAAUGAAUCCGGAUGCUUCACUUGACUGUUGUUUGUUGAGUUUAUCGCAAACUUUCAGGAUGUUUGUUCUCCAGCCUUGUGUUACUUUGACCUAGACUAUAUCUGUGGUGAUUAGACACACCUUCAGCCGGACAGGAAAGUAGUCCUUCCUUCCUUCCUUUCUUUCUGUCUUUCUUUCUUUCUUUCUUUCUUUCUUUCUGUCUUUCUUUCUUUGGGAUGCUAGGCACUCUUGUCAAAGCGAUCCAUGUUGCACGCUUAUCUAGUUGUGCUUCCUGAAACCGUCACUGGUGAUGCACACACUUCACAGUUCCUGUCAUUUCUCCCGAGUGGACUCAACAGCUUUGUGCCUUGUAAAUUUGAGAUUGUAUGAGCCAUCAGCUGCACACAUGACUUUGCACUGUGACGUUAGUAUGAUGAGAGUGAUGCUUUCAGAUGGAGUAUAGUUGUAUUGAAUCCUUCCAAUGUAAUGAGUGUGGCCUGUGGGCAAGCCAGCGGACGACUUGUUCAUGUCAGCGCUUUUUGAAUAAGCGAGAACUUUUCUUUUUAUACAAUUUUAGUUUCUACAAUGUUGUGACAUUUUCAAAUUCUGGGCGGGCCUGAGCU